AUGAAGAUUAAGAAGCUGAUGCCCAUGGAUGCUGAAUCCAGGAGGUUGAUUGAUUGGAUGGAGAAAGGUGUCUAUGAUGCCUUACAAAAGAAAUAUCUCAAGACCCUUCUCUUCUGUAUAUGUGAGAAGGAGGAAGGCCCAAUGAUUGAAGAGUAUGCCUUCUCAUUUAGCUACCCCAACACAAACGGGGAGGAAGUUGCAAUGAACAUGAGUCGCACAGGGAGCAAAAAGAAUAGUGCCACAUUCAAGUCAAAUGCAGCAGAAGUCACUCCUGAUCAGAUGAGGAGCUCUGCUUGUAAGAUGAUCAGAACGCUAGUUUCACUUAUGAGGACCUUGGACCAAAUGCCAGAGGAGCGAACCAUUCUAAUGAAGCUGCUAUACUAUGAUGAUGCUACACCUGAGGAUUACGAGCCUCCCUUCUUUAAGGGUUGUGCUGAGAAUGAGGCCGUAAAUAUAUGGAACAAGAACCCCUUGAAGAUGGAAGUGGGGAAUGUCAAUAGCAAGCAUCUUGUGUUAGCUUUGAAGGUUAAGAGUGUCCUUGAUCCAUGUGAUGCUAAUGAUGCUAACAGUGAUGAUGACAAGAUGAGCGUGGGUCAUGAGUCAGACCAAGAUGACUUUACGGACACCGAGGUUCACCCAUCUGAAGUGGAUCGUUACGUCAUUGCUCCUAAUGAUGGUAAUGGCAAAGGUCAAAGUGGUACAAACUCAGAUGAUGAAACUCAAGAUGCUGCUCAUGAGGAAGAGCUAACAGCUCAAGUAAGAGCAUGGAUAUGCUCAAGAAACAUGGGUACUGUUAAUGCUUCAGAUGUCCUUUCCAACUACCCUGACAUAUCAUUGGUAAUUCUUGCAGAUAUUUUGGAGAGGCUACUUAAAGAUGGUUUACUUUCGAGGGCAGGCAAGGAUGGUUAUGCUGUUAACAAGAUUACUGAUCCCAAAACACCCUACAUAAAGGAAGAGGUUGCCAUGCACAAUGUUUCACCUACUGAAGGAACCAAGAACAACAGUGGAGAUCUGAUGUAUAUGAAGGCAUUAUACCACGCACUUCCAAUGGAUUAUGUGACUAUAGCUAAGCUUCAGGGCAAGCUUGAUGGCGAAGCCAACCAGAGCACAGUCCGAAAGUUGAUGGACAAAAUGGUGCAAGAUGGAUACAUUAAGAAUUCAGGCAACAGAAGAUUAGGCAAAGCUGUCAUUCACUCUGAAGUCACCAACAGAAAGCUCCUUGAGAUAAAGAAGAUACUGGAAGUUGAUAUCACUGAAGACAUGGCAAUUGAUACCAACGCAAGGCCUGCUGAGUUUGAUCGCAGAGAUCACCAAACGGCUGACCAGGAAAUGAAAGAUGGCUCGACAAACGGCCGCUUCCAGUCAGUUGGAUCUGAUCUUACCCGCACACGGGAGCUGCCGGAGCAGCAGCAGACUAACAAGGACCCAAGCAGGACUCCCACAAGCAAUCGCGAGUCGGCCACGUCCCUGGAGAGUGGGGUGCUCGGGCAGAGGAUCAGGAAGUCUCUGGCUGGCGAAGAGUCGAUGUGCAUGCCGGACAAGCGGACCAGGAAGGCCAGCAUGGUGAAGGAGCCGAUCCUCCAGCAGGUCAAGCGCCAGAAGUCCUAG